ACUAAAGAAAAUUAGCUUCAUUACAAUAAUUACAAGAAUUUAUAGGUAUGAUACAGAUAAAGUUGGUCAACUAUUAUGCCAAACUAGGCGCGUGAAUAUUCGCUAUUUAGCUGUUUAUAUAUCAUUUUUAAAACAAUUCUAUUCAAACCAGUUGGAACAGUUUUACUCUUUGUUAAUUAUUCAAUGAAAAUAUUCACCGAAUAAUAAUUAAAUUACUUUAUAAUAGAAAUUGAGAGAACCUUUCAUCAUCAUUUUCUCUCUGAUGUGACCUCCGAACUUGCACAUGAAAGUUGUUGCGACCUGCGAGCCCAGUAAUAAUUAAUUCAAUGAUUUAUGAAAAAUUAUUCUUAAAUCUCAAUGAGACAAUACAAGUUUUUUUAAAUAUUCUUCAUAAGGAAAAGAUAAAAUAAAAUAAAAGUUAGAGAUAUAUAAAAAGAAUUAUAAGUUAUAUAUUGAUUAUUUAUUCUUUAGUCAGGAAGAGAAUUGAGUUUGUUAUGGUUGACCAACCCCAUACAUGUGCAACGCACGUGCACUCGUUCUCUGUGAAACUCAUACCCCUGUCUCUUUUCUUCAGCUUUUUGUUUCUUCAGUUGUUGAAUUCUCGUUUUCGGAUGAAGGAGCAAUUCAAGAAUAGUCGUUGACCCUGAAAGCAGAAAUCUUGGAGUACCAUCUCAUCUUUAAACCAUUGAAGAACACGAAAAAUGCAUCAAGAACUAAGCAACAAUGCUGAAAGAACUGAUCCUGAAAAGGAAGUGAAUUUACAAGUGGGUCUCAAGCUUCUUUAAUGAUAUAGUUAACGAUACUGGUAAUGGAGGACUGCAACAACAGCAAAGGAGAAGUUCAUGCAAAUUUUACACAGCAGAAGAACUCUUCAGCAAGAUCAGGUAUCUGUUUGAAAUCUUCGUCAUCUGGAAGGUCAACUCCACAAAAUUCUCCUUCAUUUCAGCGACCACAUUCUACCUUAACACCAAGAAGAGAAGGCAAGGGUGUUGCACAGUGCUACGGCAGCAACCGGAUACUGUUAUGGCUGCUUCUGAUAACCCUUUGGGCUUAUCUUGGAUUUUUUGUACAGUCUAGGUGGGCACAUGAUGAAAAGGAGGAUGAAUUUUCAGGCUUUAAAAGCAGACAAAGUGUUGCAACAAACUCCUAUGUUGAACAGAAUCAGCAUCAUGAUUUGAUUGCCAGAAACAUUUCCUUAUCUGUUAACAUCGAACAAGGUAUGAACAAACCAAUAGAUGUGGCUUUGGCCAAGAAAGAAUAUGGUGUUCUACCUGAGGUUAAAGCUAGCACAAGGAAAAGAAGAAGGCGACCAAUGCAUGUUUUGAGAGGUAAGAGGAGGCGAAAACAUAAACUUGAGAGUGGUGGUUUGGAGGAGCUGGAGCCAGAGAUUCCCCCAAGGAAUUCCACCUCUGGAUUCCUUGUUGGUCCAUUUGGUUCGUUAGAGGAUAGAAUUCUGCAGUGGAGUCCUCAGGGGCGUUAUGAAACCUGUAACACGAAAGGGGACUUUGAGCGCCUUGUUUGGUCAAGAAGCUUUGUUCUGAUAUUUCAUGAGCUUUCCAUGACUGGAGCUCCACUUUCAAUGAUGGAGUUGGCAACUGAACUCUUGAGUUGUGGGGCUUCUGUUCAUGCUGUGGUGCUUAGCAGGAAGGGUGGUUUGAUGCAAGAACUUGCUAGAAGACAAAUCAAGGUGCUUGAUGACAAAGCAUAUCACAGCUUCAAAACUGCAGCCAAGGCAGAUCUUGUCAUUGCUGGAUCAGCUGUCUGUGCAUCAUGGAUUGAACAAUACAUUGAACAUUUUCCCGUUGGAGCAAGUAAAGUUGCUUGGUGGAUUAUGGAAAACAGACGAGAGUAUUUUGAUCGUGCAAAGGAUAUGUUGCAGAGAGUGAAAAUAUUGAUUUUUCUCUCUGAAGCACAAUCUAAGCAAUGGCAAAAGUGGUGUGAAGAAGAAAGCAUAAAAUUGAGAUUACAGCCAGCACUUGUUCCAUUGUCUGUCAAUGAUGAACUAGCUUUUGUAGCAGGCAUUCCCUCUACACACAAUACUGCAUCCUUCAGUGCUGCAAUAAUGGAUGAGAGAAGAAAGUUGUUGAGAGAUUCAGUUCGAAGAGAAAUGGGAUUGAGUGAUAAUGAUAUGCUUGUUAUGACUCUGAGUAGCAUCAACCGUGGGAAGGGUCAGCUAUUUCUUCUUGAAUCAGCAAGAACAAUUGUAGAAGAUGAACCAUUGCACCAUGAUAAUAAGAAAAUGCCAGUGUCAUCUGAUGAUGGACAACACCAUGAUAAUAGUAGUGUAGUAGCCUUCAACAAUAUCUCAAGCACAUUCAUAAAAAGCAAGCAAGUAGUUUCCAACAACAAUGCAACAACGGCACAAUCUCUCAAAAUUCUCAUUGGUUCUGUGGGAUCUAAGAGCAACAAAGUGGAUUAUGUUAAGGGUCUGCUAAGAUUUUUAGCACACCAUUCAAACUUGUCAAAGUCAGUUCUGUGGACCUCAGCCACCACACGUGUUGCAUCACUUUACUCUGCUGCAGAUGUUUAUGUCAUAAACUCUCAGGGAUUGGGAGAAACAUUUGGAAGGGUGACUAUAGAAGCAAUGGCAUUUGGUCUUCCGGUGCUUGGAACAGAUGCUGGAGGAACGCAAGAAAUUGUUGAACAUAAUGUGACAGGUCUCCUUCAUCCUAUUGGUCGCACAGGGAACCAUGUUCUUGCAGAGCAUCUCCGGUUUUUACUUGAAAACAGCUUUGUAAGAGAGAAAAUGGGGAUAGAAGGAAGAAAAAAGAUGCAGAGGAUGUUCUUGAAACAGAACAUGUAUGAGAAAUUUGCAGAGAUUCUUGACAUGUGCAUCACACCCAAAUAACUGCUUACUUUCUUUCAUUGGAUUCAAUCACAUACAUGGUUGUCACUCAAAAUCAUAUUUCUUGUUAAAAUAAUUUCAAAAAAUCUAUAUUAACAUAUUAUUAUCUUAUGACACGGGUGUUUUGUCAAAAUAAU